AUGUUCGUCCCCAUUGUCGUUGGCAGCGCCAAGACCACAGCCUCGAUUGGGACUGGGAAUGUCGACUUCUGGCCAAUGUAUGGCGGAGUUGGUAACAAGAAGAAUGGCGCACGACGCAGCCAUGGUGAUGGCAUUGCCUUGCUUGCGUUCCUGGCUAUUCCCAAAAGUACAUUAUUCUUUCAUCUAGUUGAUGAAUGCAAUGAAUUCUGCAAAUUCCGGUAUCAGCUAUUCCAUUCGUCUAUCCGCCGAGUCUUUGACUCUGUACGGCCCUACAUGACGACCCCGCGUGUUACUCAUUGCGCUGACCAAUAUUUUCGUCGGGCCAUCUAUGGCUUUGGCCCGGAUAUUGCAGAUUAUCCGGAGCAGGCGCUUCUUACAGGUAUUGUCCAGGGCUAUUGUCCCAUUUGUCUCUCUCCAGCAGACGACCUGGACCGUGACAUUGUUGUCAGCUAA